AUGACACUGUUGCUUGAAAGUCCUGACAUUUAUCAACUCCCAUUGAAGGAAUCAGAAGUCUACGAUUCUGUGGCUGUUACCUCUGGAUCAAAUGAGUUUACACCUACGUUUCGCAAUAAAGCACAUUCUCAAAGUGUUGUCAAUUGUGUGCACGAAACGUUGAAUACUCACCAUCAUCUUUUCAGCAACGCAGCUGCUUUAUUCAAGGACAGACCUUGUUUAGGGUUCAGAUCAUAUGAUUAUAGAACUUGUACGCUGAAUCCAGAGUUUGUUUCAAACACUUAUGGUGAAGUGAACAGAAGAAGACAUCUAAUUGGAUCCGGAAUACUUGCUAGUUUGAAGGCCAACAAGUUUAAGGAUUUAAAUUUGAAGUCCCAUCAAAAGAUUGAAACCCACACUGAAAAGUAUCAUGAUUAUGGUAAGAAUACUUUUAGUGGUAUGUUACGUGAAGAGAAUUGUUCGUUCAUAGUCUCUAUUUUCUCUGCCAAUAGACCAGAAUGGAUAUUGACGGAUUUGGCUUGUUCCAGUUAUUCAAUUACAAACACUGCUCUUUAUGAUACUUUAGGAGCUGGUGUGAGUCAGUACAUUUUAGAGCUUACUAGUUCUCCUAUAGUUGUUUGUUCAAGAGAUAAGAUUGCAUUAUUGGCAGAAAUGAAACAGAAAAGCACUGGAACGUUGGCAAAUUUGAUUUCAAUUGUUUCAAUGGAUUUAUUAAAUAAAGAUGAUGAUCAAAAUCUUUUCCAAGCUUGCACUGACGCCAGAAUCGAGUUAAUGGAUUUAGCUCAGCUCGAAGAAAUUGGAAUCCAGAAUCAAAUUAAGGAAUUACCUCCAACCCCAAAUACUAUGUACACCAUUUCCUUUACUUCUGGUACCACUGGAAGUAAGCCUAAAGGUGUUAUGUUGACUCAAGGGAAUGCAGCAGCAGCUAUUACAUUUCUUUCUUCACUGGAACCUAAAUUUGAUUCUCCACAAGGCAGAGCAUUUAUCUUUCUUCCAUUGACUCAUAUUUAUGAAAGACAAACAUCUGCAUUUGCGUUGUCAAAUGGGUACUAUUUGGGGUUCCCUCAAUUGACAGUUGGAUUCCAAAAAGUACCCAAUACUUUUGAUUUAUUAAUUGAUGAUCUAAAGAUAUUUAAACCUCAUUAUUUUUCAAUUGUUCCUAGAAUCUUGACCAAGUUAGAAGGUUUUAUUAAGCAAUAUCUUGAGACUACUGAAGACAAACUGGUUAUUAAUCGAAUCAUUGACUACAAAUUAGAGAAACAAAUUGAAAGUGAUGGUUCCAAAGGAGACCAUUUGGUAUAUGAUAAAUACGCACCAUAUACUAAAUUGCGUUCACUUGUUGGAUUCGAUAAUUUGUUAUGGACUCAAACUGCCAGUGCACCAGUUGCUCCAUCGACUCUCCAAUAUUUGAAAGCCAGUUUAAAUAUUGGAAUUCGUCAAUUGUAUGGAUUGACUGAAGUCUUUGGGGCUAUCACGACCACCCAACCUUUUGAUAGUGAUCCUGGUAAUUGUGGAUCCAUUGGAGUUUGUGGAGAAAUGAAAUUAAGAAGUGUUUCAGAUAUGGGAUACAGCAUUAACAGCGAAACAAGAUCACCAAUUGGGGAAGUGAUGUUACGCGGACCUCAGACUUUCAUUGGCUAUUACUAUAAUAAGGAAGAAACCGAUAAUGCCUUGGAAAAGGAUGGGUGGUUUCAUACUGGAGAUAUUGGAAUGAUUGCUUGCAAGGGGAAAGCAACUCAUGGAAGACUUUAUAUCGUUGAUCGAGUAAAGAACUUCUUUAAGUUGAGUCAAGGUGAGUACAUCUCUCCAGAAAAGAUUGAGAACCGGUAUUUAUCAUGCAACCCCAUCCUUCAACAAUUGUACGUUCAUGGAGAUUCCUUACAGUCGUUUGUGGUUGGAGUUUGUGGGGUUAGCUACGAAGAUGGAGUUCAAUUUUUAGAGAGCUGUGGCUACACUAACAGUAAGGAAUUGGAUCACGAACAGAUGCUAACUGAAAUGAACUCAGUUGCAAUGAAAACAAAGUUUCUUAAGAAUUUGAAUGAUAAUGUGAAGGAUUUAAAUGGUUUUGAGAAGUUACAGAAUGUUCACAUUGCCAUUAAUCCUCUUACGGUUGAACGGAAUGUCGUCACUCCAACGUUUAAGAUUAAGAGAGGUGUUGCAGCAAAGUACUUUGCCUCCAUUUUUGAUCUUCUCUAUCAGAAGGAGAAGUCGUUAACUCAAGGCUUAAGAUCAAAAUUGUAA